CGAUCUGGGAAUCGCGUGGGCUGAAAGUAACGACCUCAUUCUCUUCUUUUAUUAAUCUUUCGAUACCUAACCUACGUAAUCCAUCACAAUGGAGGAGGAAGUUGCUGCCCUCGUUAUCGACAAUGGUUCGGGUAUGUGCAAAGCCGGUUUCGCCGGUGAUGAUGCUCCCCGAGCUGUUUUCCCAUCCAUUGUCGGUCGUCCCCGUCACCAUGGUAUCAUGAUUGGUAUGGGUCAGAAGGACUCGUAUGUCGGUGAUGAAGCACAGUCGAAGCGUGGUAUCCUAACACUGCGAUACCCCAUCGAGCACGGUGUUGUCACCAACUGGGAUGACAUGGAAAAGAUCUGGCAUCACACCUUCUACAACGAGCUGCGUGUGGCUCCUGAGGAGCACCCCGUCCUGCUCACUGAGGCCCCUAUCAACCCUAAGUCCAAUCGUGAGAAGAUGACCCAGAUUGUCUUCGAGACCUUCAACGCCCCCGCUUUCUACGUCUCUAUCCAGGCCGUUCUGUCCCUGUACGCUUCCGGUCGUACCACCGGUAUCGUGCUGGAUUCUGGUGAUGGUGUUACCCACGUUGUCCCUAUCUACGAAGGUUUCGCCCUUCCUCACGCCAUUGCCCGUGUCGAUAUGGCUGGUCGUGAUUUGACCGACUACCUAAUGAAGAUCCUGGCUGAGCGUGGAUACACCUUCUCUACCACCGCCGAACGAGAAAUCGUCCGAGACAUCAAGGAGAAGCUGUGCUACGUCGCCCUUGACUUCGAGCAGGAGAUCCAGACUGCUGCCCAGAGCUCCAGCUUGGAGAAAUCCUACGAGCUUCCUGACGGUCAGGUCAUUACUAUUGGUAAUGAGCGAUUCCGUGCUCCUGAAGCUCUGUUCCAGCCUUCUGUUCUCGGUCUCGAAAGCGGUGGUAUCCACGUUACCACUUUCAACUCCAUCAUGAAGUGUGAUGUCGAUGUCCGAAAGGAUCUCUACGGAAACAUCGUCAUGUCUGGUGGUACCACUAUGUACCCUGGUCUCUCCGACCGUAUGCAGAAGGAGAUCACUGCUCUUGCACCUUCUUCCAUGAAGGUCAAGAUCAUUGCUCCCCCAGAGCGAAAGUACUCCGUCUGGAUCGGUGGUUCUAUUUUGGCUUCUCUGUCUACCUUCCAGCAAAUGUGGAUCUCUAAGCAGGAGUACGAUGAGAGCGGUCCCUCGAUCGUUCAUCGCAAGUGCUUCUAAGGUAUUAUUAAGCCAAUUCGCUCCAUUUAUAGCCAUUCUAGUAUCUAACUCUAUACCAGCUUCUUAAACACCACGUGUCCGAUAACUUCUCACGAGCCUACGAUGUUCCCAACCGGAGCAUGAGCCAUGCGCAGCUCCUACCGUUGCGAAUGUAUCCCUGUCGAGACUCGUAUCUACAAAAGGUUCUGAUAGUGGUCCGGAGAUUAGGGCUGUAUUACUCCAAGAGAAAAGAGAAUAUGAGGUGCUUUACUUUUUAGGAGGCUU